CUCAACUCCACCAACCAAGUCGUAAUUGCAAUCUUUCAUUUUCCACCAACAGAAAAAGGCCCGUCUUAUAUACACCCUUUCAGCUGUCCCUCACGGGCAGCAUCAAAUCAAAGUUACCCAUCUUUUCCCUUAUUCCCCAACUCCAACUUUCAAAUUCAAAACCUUCGCUUCUCUCCUAAACUUUUUUCACUUCUUGGGGUCGUUUCGUUAGGAAAGAGAGAGAAAACCAACUAAUUAUAAAUACAUAUAUAAUAUACCCCCACCAAUCACUAGUGAUUGGAAAUAACUCGUAAGGCACAAAGCCGGCUGUUCUACAUAGCCAAACUAGAACAGUAGAACUAGAACGGCAGAACCCCAAAACCAAAACACUAUUUUCCAUGUUUUAUUUCUUUGCUUCUUCCAUCGUUUAGACCGAAACCGAAACAUUCCACAUGUUUAACCAUUGAAAGCCAUAAUUAUCAUAUUCUUUACAAGCUCCAACUGUCAGUUACAUUAAGAAAAAAAGUAAUGAAGAACGCUACCGGAAACAAUUUCUUGCUCUGUUUUAGACCCGUUGUUGAUAUGGACUUAAUGCUCGAGUCCAAACCAGUUGUGGUUGAUCGUUCCCAAAAUCAUCAGGCAUUAACGUACUUUGGCUUUAAAAACAAGGAUGAUAUGAAGCCUUCAACGCCUAAUUCCUCUGUUUCUAAUACAGAAAAUUCAAUCAUGAUUCAUCGUUCUGGAAAGAAAACAUUUUCCCAAGUUAUCAAAGCUGUUGUCUUCGAGAUCUCAUUGGCAAAUAGAGUUCGAGACCGAAAAGGUAUUGAUCAAGGAUCAUAUUCAUCAAAGCACAAUUUCCCAUUAAACAGCCGUGCUAAGUUGUUGGAUGCAAGUGUUGGUAAAUCAGUAAACAAGGCUUUGGCUGGGAAAGGAACUCAAAAAACUAUUUCCGAGUCCAACUCAGUCUCGUCAAUGUCAUCUUGUUCAUCAUCUUCCCCAAAUUCUACGCCAAAACCACAGAGGCAACAGAUGCAAAACAACAACAAUACUUACAUCAACCAUGAUGAACGUGAAACGAAGCCAAAGCAAGAUCGAAUAGAUAAUGGUUCAAGUUCGAACAGUGCCAUAUUUUUGCCUCUCAUUAGUCUGGCAGUGACAAUCUUUUGGGGAAAAUUUUGUGCAAUUCUUUUCACAUCAAUUUCGCUAUACAUUAUCCCUCAUCAACAACCUGAAGGAGUUAUUGAAAGCCUGGAAAAUAUUAAAAGAAGCCCGGAAAAGAAUUCUAGAGAUUACAAAAAGGUGGUCAUAAUGGAAUGGCUACUUGGAAGGAACUACAACAGAGCGGCAUUAAAUUUUUGACGUGAAAAUUUCCUUUUUUUCGUGUAUGAUUCAAUAGUCUCUCAGGUUUAUUUCAUUAUUUCUGGGAUGCAAGUUUUAGUUGUACAUUAAAGUUCAAGUUAAUUGAGAGUGAUAUACCGUCGAUGUAUCAAAUAUCAUCUCUUAAAGUUCAAACGCAAAAGACAAAAUAUGCACGCAUCAGUUUCUUGUGCAGUAAUUGUAUUUUUUUUUUUUUAAUUUGGGUGGAGAUUUCGGAACGUUCAUUGUUACUUAAAUUCUUUCAUUCCACUUCCCCUGUUCUUAUUCGUUUUCUUUCCCUUUAUUUUUUCUUACAAAAGAUUUUAUUAGAUUUUCAA